AUGAUUCAAGAUACACCGCAUCGUUUAUCACGGGAACAAGUAAAAUUUCUCAAUCGUGGACCAACCUAUGUUUCACCAUGUCACAUACAUAUUUUAUCAAAAUCCUCUAUAACGCUGGCUCAAAUUGUUACGAAACAAAUGGCACCACUUCAACGAGAACUCACCAAACUAUUCACUAAAUAUUCAGUUGAUCUCUCUCGACAAAUGAAUUUUGAAAAAGACAUUCAACAAUCAUUCAAUGAUUCAUUCCUACGAUCGAUGCCUGAUGUACUUGAAGAGCGUGCACUCUAUGAAAAACAGCUGAUUCAAUCAAUUCAAUAUCAUUUGAAAAAAGAUCAACUUAUUCUACGACGAACAGCCGAUGAAAUGAAUACAUAUUAUCUGGGUCGAUUCGAUGAAUUUAAUCAAAAAUCGGAUGAAUAUGUUGAAAAUUCAACUUGUUAUGAACUAAUUGGAACAAUAGAUGGAACUCAUACAGAACAACAACAACAGUUACAUGAAAUUAUCAUAUCUAUCAAUUCUCAACUAGAAAAAUUAUAUCAAAGAAAAUUAAUUAAUAAAGAUCAUUUAACUAAAUUUAGUAUCGAUAAGAGAUUAAAUUUGAAACUGCCAUAUCUUUAUUUCUUACCAGAAACAAAUGAAGAUGUCCAUAUGUCAGUUCAGCCAAGAUUUUCAUCUUAUCAACAUUCUCCAAUACAACGAUUAGCACAAUAUCUUGAUCAACUUCUUCGACCAUUAUUUUAUCAUUUUUCUCGAUCAACUACAUUUUUGAAUAGUGGUGAUUUUAUGCAAAAACUUCAACACUAUUAUACACACACCACUAAUCUUUUUCUACCAGAAACACAUGUUGCAACAUUUAAAAUUCAUGAUUUAUAUGCGAAAAUAUCACAUACAGCACUUCUUGAUGCAUUACAUAUAUUCUUAGUGAAUCCACUUAUUACUGGUCGAUAUCAAAGAUUACCAGAUGAUGCUAUUGUAGAAUUAACAACUCUAGUUCUAAAAAAUAAUACUUUCACAUAUAAUGGAAAAGCUUAUCGAUUUAUUAAAGGAUCUCCAUUAAAUUUACCAUUAACAGAAUUAUUGGCUAGUAUCUAUUUACAUCAUUGGCAAGUACCUUUAGUUAGAAAUGUUCGUGUGAGAGAUGUAUUCUAUGGUCGAUAUAAUGAUAUGGAGAUUACUCUUCUUAUUCAUCAACUUGAAUGCAUCGAUCUGGACAGAUUACUAUGGACUACAUAUUUACGUUCUGGUACAGGUACAUUAAAACCACAAGCAACAACUACACUCUUUUUGUGGCCUGCAGAAGUCAAAACAAAAAUGAUUACUCGUGGUCGAACAACUGUAUCUGAUCCAAAUGAAAUAGAUUAUGAUUCUUGUUUGGAUUAUGUCCAGAGAGUGCUACGAAAAUUUCAAAGUCAAACCGAACAUUAUCAAGCUCAACUGAAAGAAAGAAAGCAACAUUUAAACAACUGUUGGACAUGUGAAAUAGAAGAAGCUAUUAUGAAAUUUGUUCAACAACAUAUUAUACCUUUAUAUAAAGUACCCAUAGAAGGACAAAUUGUUACAGUGGAAUAUGAUUAUAAUGACCGAUUAAUCGAAUUAGAAUAUAAGCAACAAAAUCCAAAUGAAUAUCAAAAACAAAUUUUCGAAGAUCUUACUCGAGCUAAAUAUGAAAAAGAAACAGCUAAAUUUGAUGUUGCUAUAUUGAAACAACGUAUUGUUUAUAAUCAUUUACCACAAUCAUUUGAAUCACUGCAAAUACCUGCACCUAUAUCAUUGGAUACAAUUACUGAUACAUAUAUUCGUCAACGUUUAACUGAUCGAUAUGAGAAAAUUUUACAACGGACAAAAUCUGAAAUGAUGAUGGUUUAUAUUGCAACAGUCGAAACAAAAAUGAAUGAAUAUCAAAAGAAAUUCGAUAUUGACUUGGCUAAAAUGAAAGAAAAUCAACAUACUGAUCCAUCUGAUAAAAAAUUAACUCGAACAAUCUCCGACGGUCAAGAAUUAGAUUGGAUCGAUCGUCGGAGCAUUCUUAUCCAAAAAUCAAACAUCACUUGUUCACCAACAGUGAUACAAGAUACACCACAUCGUUUAUCACGAGAACAAGUAAAAUUUCUCGAUCGUGGACCAGCCUAUGUUCCACCAUGUCAAAUACAUAUCUUAUCAAAAUCGUCUUUAACGUUGGCUCAAAUCGUUACGAAACAAAUGGCACCAAUUCGACAAGAACUCACAAAAUUAUUUACUAAAUAUUCAAUUGAUCUUUCUCGACGAAUGAAAUUUGAAAAAGAGAUUCAAUUAUCAUUCAAUGAUUCAUUCCUUCGAUCGAUACCUGGUGUUCUUGAAGAGCGUACACUCUAUGAAAAACAGUUGAUUCAAUCAAUUCGAUAUCAUUUGAAAAAAGAUCAACUUAUUCUACGACGAACAGCCGAUGAGAUGAAUACAUAUUAUCUGGGUCGAUUAGAUGAAUUUAAUCAAAAAUCGGAUGAAUAUGUUGAAAAUUCAACCUGUUAUGAACUAAUUGGAACAACAGAUGGAACUCAUACAGAACAACAACAGCAACAGUUACAUGAAAUUAUCAUAUCUAUCAAUUCUCAACUAGAACAAUUAUAUCAAAAGAAAUUAAUUAAUAAAGAUCAUUUAACCAAAUUUAGCAUCAAUAAGAGAUUAAAGUUCAUACUGCCAUAUCUUUAUUUCUUACCAGAAACAAAUGAAGAUGUCCAUAUGUCAGUUCAACCAAGAUUUUCAUCUUAUCAACAUUCCCCAAUACAACAAUUGGCACAAUAUCUAGAUCAACUUCUUCGCCCAUUAUUUUAUUCUUUUUCUAGAUCAACUACAUUUUUGAAUAGUGGUGAUUUUAUGCAAAAACUUCAACAUUAUUAUAUACAAUCAAAUCUUUUUCUACCAGAAACACAUGUCGCAACAUUUAAAAUUUAUGAUUUAUAUACGAAGAUAUCACACACCGCUCUUCUUGAUGCAUUGCAUUCAUUCUUAGUGGGUCCACUUAUUACUGGUCGACAUCAAAGAUUAUCAAGUGAUGCUAUCGUUGAAUUAACUAGUCUAGUUCUAAAAAAUAAUACUUUCACAUAUAAUGGAAAAGCUUAUCGAUUUAUUAAAGGAUCUCCAUUAAAUUUACCAUUAACAGAAUUAUUGGCUAGUAUCUAUUUACAUCAUUGGCAAGUACCUUUAGUUAGAAAUGUUCGUAUGAAAGAUGUAUUCUAUGGUCGAUAUAAUGAUAUGGGUUUUAUAACCUGGAAUGCAUCCAUCGAAGAAUUACAGAUAAUAUUUGACGAACUUCAACAAGAACUAGAUUCAAAUCUUCAAAUGACCACAUUUAUUGGUAGUGAUGUUCAUUUUCUUCAUGCCUUUAUCGAAAAUCAGAAUGGUCGUUUAUAUACGCGUGUUUCUCAUGAUUCAAUAAGUCAACCAUUUUUAUUACCUUAUGCACAUACUCAUCCACGAUUAUUUCAUCGUCAAUGGUUUCGAGCUGCUCUAAUACGUGCCGGUCAAUAUUGUAGUUCAUUCGAAGAUUUCGAAGAAGAACGACUUUAUCUGGAAUUAACAUUUCUUGCUAAUGGAUAUUCGUUAGACUUUGUCGAAUAUCAUUUGAGACAAUUCUUUUCACGUUUUAAUCCUAAACCAAAUGAACCAAUGCAUCUCAAUCGAUUUAAAUAUCUUGCAUUUCAUCGGGAAUUAUUUCGUUACGUUGACCAACAAAGACAUGAUCUGGGAGAAGAACAGGAAUUGCACAAGAAUCGUCAAUUAAUUCAAUUACAUUAUUUGUUCGAUUGGGGUUCAAGAUGUCAAUUUAAUGGAAAGUUCUAUCAACUUUGGUCUGAAAUUCUCGAGCAAGAUUCACAGUUUAAAAAAUAUGGAUUAAAAGUGAAAUUGAUUACUAAACAUUGCUAUUCUUCAAAUACACUCUUAACUCAAUUGAACACACACACAUGA